AUGUAUAAAAAGUAUAAAGACAAGGGAGUUAUUGGACUUUUAAAAACUCAAUUAAGGUCAAUGAUAUAUGAAGACUUGACGAAAAAAAGCCCCACUCACAAAGAUCCCUCCAUCACAGUAUUUGGAAAUAGACCUGAAAUACAAAGAGCUUGUGAGCGAGUGAUUCUGGAUCACUUGAAAAAAAAUGGAUACUCGUUUACAGCCAGUGUUUUCACUUCGGAAGCUAAUUUGCAGGAUUUAACUAAAAAUUCAGAAUAUGAAGUUUAUCAUUCGAUUGGAAUUCGAAUUUACAACACAGAUGUAGUAAAAGAAAAUGAUAUUGUUGAUAUCAUGGAUCAGGAUCCCAACAAUUUUCUAACUAAAACACUUUCGGAAAUGUAUUAUAGUCAGUCUUGGAAGGCUGAAAGUGCACUCGUUAAAUUUUUGACAAUACUUAAACAAAUUGCAAAUCGAAAAACUAGGAAUGAAUCAUGUCAAACAGAGGAAAAGGAAGAGUUUCCAAUGGAAACCAAAUUAAAAAUGAUUGACGCAGAAUAUGAAGCAGAAAUGGAGAACGACAAAAGGAAUCAAUCACAGACUCUUGAACAAAAGUAUUUAGAGUAUCAACGGGAAUGCGAAAGAAGAGCAAAUGAAGAAUUAAAAGCUCGUCUGAAAAUGUUUGAAGAAACCACCAUAAGCGCGAUGCGAUUGGAAGAGAGCGCAAAAUACCGAGAACGAUUGGCCAGAGAGCUUGAAGAAAUGGAAAAGGCACACAUGAGAAAAAUGGAGAGAGCCACAGAAAGAGAACGAGAAAUUUCGGAUCGCCUCGAAAAGAAGGAAAAGAAAUUGAAAGGCUAUCUUACGAGCACAGACAGAAAAUGUUCAAAGAAAUGGAAGAAAUUCAAAGAAAAAAUCAAGCCAUCGCUAGAGAGAGACAAUUAUUGGAAAUGA